AUUUUUAAUUAAAUUUUUUUGCGAUUAAAAAAUGACAGCAAAAAUAUGGAAAAUAGAGAAGUAUGGGCGUUUUAAAAAAGCCAAUCCGAAUUUAAAUUUAACAGAAAGCAAUAAAUGUGGUGAAUGGGAGAUUUUAGAAAGCUUGACGAGUAAACCAAUUUUAUUAUCAGUAGUGCCUCCUUUGAAUUUGGUUUUGAAGUUUGGUUCAGAAGUCCUUGAAUCCUUCACAUUACUGGAAACUUCGAAUUGGCUUCGCGCCAUAUCAAAAAGUGAUAGCAUGCUAUUUUUCUAUAAAAUAAAGAAUGAGUUCAGAAGAUUUCGUAUAAAAUUUUCAAAGGAUGAUUUUAAAUCCGCUGAAGAACAGUGCAACGACUUUGUUACUUUGAUUGCUCCUCAUCUUCAUGUUCAAAAUGCCAACAACUCGUCAGAUUUGCAGAGUUCUGAAGUGAACAACGACGCUGACAGUUCCAUAUCAAGUACUUUAAAUCGAACAGAUAUCCGUCAAACUGAAACUGUUACAAAUGUUACUCGGAAUGUGGUGAUGCAAAUGCACAAUCUUCCAUCAUACUAUGAAACAACCAAUUUAAAAUUGAACGAAGAUACAAAUGCUAACAUGAUAAAAACCUUGUUACUUGACCCAAAUUUUCCUGCAUUUGUUGAAAGUGUGGAAAAGCUUCUAGCUGAGAUGACAAAGUAGUUUUUUCAUAAAAAAAACUUUGGAUACUGAAAUUAUUAUUUAAUUUAUAAUAACGAUAAAAGUUUUUUAAA